AUGCAGGUUGGAACAGAGGAGAAGAAUGAGUCUCUGGCAUCAGACAAGGGGUCAGAUGAUGAAGGGGGCACUUCACCUACACAGGUGGCCAAUGCCAGCCUCAUGAUCACGCUCUUGGCUGACUCUGACCAGCGUAGCUUUCACACCUCCCGCCAGGAGGUGGACAUCCUUGAAGGGCGACUCAGCCAGUGUGAGCGGGAGAAGGAGCAAGAGGAAGCUUCCAGACACCCUGGUCCUUCACUCCCCCCUGGUUCCUGUGCCCAUGGAGGUCUCCAGAAAGUCAGCAGGCCUCUGGUGGUACAGCUCAAUUGGAGAGGCUUCUCAUACAAAGCUGGAGCCUGGGGUCGAGACUCGGCACCCAACCCAGCCUCUUCCCUCUACUGGGUGGCCCCCUUGCGUGCAGACGGCAGGUAUUUUGACUACUACCGGCUGUACAAGUCCUACAAUGACCUAGUACUACUGAAGAACUAUGAGCAGUGGAAGAUAGGCUAUGGCGACGGCAGUGGCAAUACUGUGUAUCACAACUUCAUGUAUUUUAACUACUAUGGCACAAACGACAUGGCCAAAGUGGACCUUUCCACCAACACCCUGGUGCUCCGGCGCCCCCUGCCGGGAGCCACCUACAACAACCGCUUCUCUUAUGCGGGUGUGCCUUGGAAGGACAUAGAUUUCGCUGGCGAUGAGAAGGGGUUGUGGGUGCUCUAUGCCACGGAGGAGAGCAAGGGCAACCUGGUCAUUAGCCGUCUCAAUGCCAGCAGCCUCCAAGUGGAGGAAACCUGACGCACCAGCCAGUACAGGCCAGUCGUGUCCGGGGCUUUCAUGGCCUGUGGGGUGCUGUAUGCCUUACGUUCACUGAGCACCCGCCAAGAGGAGAUCUUCUAUGCUUUUGACACGGCCACUGGGCAAGAGCUUCACCUCAGCAUCCUGCUGGAUAAGAUGCUGGAGACCCUGCAGGGCAUCAACUAUUGCCCCGUGGACCACAAGCUCUAUGCUGUCAAUGAUGGCUACCUCGUCAAUUAUGACCUCAGCUUCCUGACAGAGAAGCGCAGUGUGCCCAGACCACCUCCCCAAAGAGGGUGGAGAUCUGGGGCUCGGGCUCCGCCCAAACUUUUCAAACCCAGCAAGGCCUAG